CAAUCAGCUGUUUCAUUCUUGCAAAACUAGGUAAGCAUUUGAUUUGCUAACUCGUCCGCCGCUUCUAAAGCAUCGUAUACCGCAGUUUCCGUUCGGCACGAUAAUAAAUGUUCGAAUAAUAUUCAUCUUUUACCUGCAAAUGCGUUUUGAAUGUAUGAAUCACAUGCUAGUGGCAGCACUUCGCAUCGCACGUCAGCGAUAGCACGCACGAUAAUGAACAUUAUCAUGGUCAUGUAAUCUGUCAUCGUCUGCCCACAUUAGCGUAAUCAGUCGUAUUAUCGGAAUUUGGGGAUUCCAUCCAUUUUCGCAUAUGAUCAGUGCAUCUGGAGGGAUCAAGUCAUCAACCGCAAGCUGUUUCACUAUGGAGAGCUGGACGUGGAAAGGAUUGUUGUGCUUUGCGUCGGUGGUGCUGAUGGUGAAUGCGAGCGAUCGAACCCUUAACAUUGCCCUCAAUCCGCGUUGUCCUCUCGGACCGGAAGAAUGCGCUCAUGAUGGCGCACCUGCUCCUUUUUCCAACAACUUACUCUAUGUGAUUUCCUACAAUCCCCGGCCGAACACGACGGAUCCGCGGUACAAAAUUUACUGGAGUACGAUUGAUGCACCCACGGUUCUGAUCGCCGAAAUCGCUCCCGACACCGAUGCCAGUGAUCCAGGAAUUGCAUGGCCGGAGUUCAUACAGGAUAAUAAACCGGAAGUCCCCUUUUUGGUGCCGAACAGCAAACGAUAUGCCGGCUUUGCCCUGGCCAAUCUGAUCGAAUGGGAUGAUGUCGACAAUACCGGGCAGCUAACCAAUAAAUCCAGUACCAUUAUUCACCCAUUUGCAGAGGCACAUUGGUACAAUGCUUCCGUCAAAACGGAAGGGGAUGGCGUGUUUUUGGCCACCUUUGUGGGAACCUUCGGAAGGACUCCUCGCGAUAACAAUAUUACGAUCGAGUUAAGAGCCCAUCUUGACCCAUCUCGUGCAGCAUUGCCACCUCGGAUGCAAAUUAUGCCUAGCUCCGUGACUGCUCGUAUUAUACUCAACCAGACUGCCGUCCACUUCAAUCAUUCGCGAUUUGCAUUGGAUAUGAUCUUCGCCUCCAAUGAUUCAUCCAGAAGACCAGCUGUGCAUUCCAUUGACAAGUCUAUCAGUGAUGAAUUUUCCCCCGGAAUAUUUACGACAGAAAAAAUUUCCGGUGCCGAUACGUAUUUGCAAUGGCGACCUGUGGUGUACACUGCAGCGAACCCUGGUGUCAGCGAUUCGACGCGCUCACAGACCGGAAGUGUAAGAAACGCCACAUUGUCUUUUAAUGCAAGUCUCUCGGACGUGCCCGAUUCCUUGUUACUGGGUUUGGCUGGCAUCACCGAUCCUGGAAAUACUCUGCUACGUUUUAACGUUAGCCUUGGUCAAACGGACGAUGGGUUCUACAAUUCUACAGCUUAUCAGGACUGGACAUGUGAGCUUGGUUUGGGCCAGGCGCCUGUUGAUCAACCGACCAGCAAAAUUAAGCUGAUCAUUGGUAUCGGAUUUGGUGUUCCUGCGGCCUUGAUCUUGGUGGGAGUGGUCUAUGUCGUUUAUCUCAAGAUUAAGCGACGAAGAAGGGAGAGGGAAGCCGGGCUUUUGGUGACAGAAACAACAACAAACUAUCAGACUUUGGGUUAGCAACGUAGAAAGUUCUCUGCGACGAAAAAAUUCAAAUUCUCGAAAAACUUGUGGCGGCGUUUGGCCGUCUUUCCCCUCUCGUGUUUUCAUUGGACCAAUUUAACUGACGGUUACAUGUGACUGUGAUCCUAAAGUAUCAAUAUUUGAUAUACUCCAAUUUUGCCAGGUGCCGGUGCUUUAUAGUUUGUGACUUUGUGCUUUAUAGUUUUCGCAAUUAUGCCCAGUGGUUGAGAUUAAAAUGUUUGAACAUUUAA